AUGGCAAUAGCGCGUCAUCACUUGACCAUCCAGGAGAAGAACCAGCUCCGCGCACACCACCGCGAGCGGCCCGAGUUGACGCAGGAGCAGCUUCGCGAAUGGGUGCACGACAACUUCGGCAAGUGGAUUGGACGCUCCACCAUUGGCAAAAUUGCCAGUAUGCCCGAAGAACUGUGUGCCAACCCGACAGCAAAACGUAUCCAGAGCGGUCGCUAUCCCGAGAUGGAAGCCGAACUAUACGAAUAUAUCAUGAUCAAACAGAGCGAAGAGCAGAGCGAAGAGCUGCUCCGAGACGACCAACCCAUCCUCAGUGAAGGUCGACUAUGGACUAAAGCCAACGAGAUCCUCACUCGGAUUAGAGGACCCUCCCAGUCUGUGUCACUGGGUUGGGUACAGAGAUUUAAAAAGCGUCAUGGCCUCCAUCGAUCUCAGAGAACUCAAUUUGUGUCGGCUGAUGACAUUCUGUUACUUUCUCAAGUUUUGGAGACCAAACCGUGGGCCUAUCCGCAAAUAAUGGACGGAUGGCAAGAAGUUUGUCGUCAAUUACGACAGCAUUCAAACUUUAACUUGGAUAAAACAGCAGGAGCUUGUCAAGCUCGCGUCGUGCUGCUACUCGAUCAUUUGCGAGCUGGAAAUAGUAUAGCAUUGCGUAAAUCCGGCACUUCGCAAGAGUAUGAACGCAAACGAGAACUCUUGGCCGAAGUGCAGGCCAAGAUAUCAGCUUUUGAGGAGUUCCAGGAAGAUCUCCGUAAGCGGAGAGGAGAGCCCACACCGUCGUUUAAUGUUACGCAACACGACGCGGCUGUUGCCAAGGUGGGCGAAGUGGCAGCUGCCAUCGCUGUUGCAGAGGCAACAGGGGAAGCCGAUAGGGAUGGCCAACGCCGCUUGGAAUUACUUGAGAUCAAGAUGGAGCGGGAGUUGGCUGAACAGCGACGAUAUGCGGAUGAACAAGUGCGGCAACUUGAGCGUUUGCAACGCGCACAACUGGAAGCCCAGCAGAACCAACACGCGCAGCUGUUGGCAACUAUUCAGCAACAGCAAGCAAUGAUGCUGGACCUCAUUAAAUCAGUUGCAGCGCACUCUAAAAAGGACUAA